AUGAUCCGUUCUCAGAAAAAGAGCCGAGAGGAGAGCUGCGGCGAGGGCAGCGGCGUGGAGAUCCUGGAGAACAAGCCUUACGAGGACGGUCCCGGAGGCUCGGGGCAGUACACACACAAGGUCUACCACAUCGGAAAACACAUCCCGUCCUGGUUCUGUGCCAUCCUGCCACAAGCUGCCCUCCGAGUGGAGGAGGAGUCCUGGAACGCCUACCCAUACACACGCACCCGGUACACAUGUCCCUUUGUGGAGAAAUUCUCUAUAGACAUUGAGACGUAUUACAAACCAGAUACUGGGAAUCAAGGGGACGUCUUCAGUAUGUCUUCUGCUGAGAAGAGACAGAGGACUGUAGACCCCAUAGACAUCGUGAAGGACUACAUCCCUCCUCAUGAGUACCUGGUGGAGGAAGACCCCAAACUGUAUCAGUCCGUCAAAACCAAACGAGGUCCGCUGUCAGACGACUGGAUCGAGGAGAUCAACCAGAAUCUGGGAGAAUGUCCCGUCAUGUGCGCCUAUAAACUCUGCAAGGUGGAGUUCAGAUACUGGGGCAUGCAGUCCAAGAUCGAACGCUUCAUCCACGACGUGGGUAGGUAUGAAAUAUGGGGUGUGUGUCAGACGUAA